CGACACGGAAGUGUAAAUAAAGCGCUACGUGCGUCAACUCGUGUGCGGACGUGACUGGCGGACGGUCACUCAUUUGCUUCGCAAUGUCGGAGCAAGACUCUACAUCGGGGUCUCCCGGGGGAGAGGGAGAUGUCCAACCCCCAGAAGACACGGGUUUGAGGAACAGAAAGGGUAAACAGAAGAAGCAAGGAGCUUCACCAACGCAACAGGGCAGUCAUUCCACAAGUGAAGAAAGCCAAGGUCCGUCACCAACGCCGGUUCAACCGACACAAUUACCACCACCACCACAGCCGUACGAGGAAGUCGUCUAUGUCCCAGCUAAUAGAAUCAUCUUAGCUGUUCCAAAAUGGCUGUUAAUUUUGGUGACAGUUGUGUGUGGUAUAUUUUUUGUCGGAUUUGGCGGUUACAUGGGAGACGUGAUUUGGAAAAAAUAUUUUGGACCAAAUGUGGGUUAUGGAGACAGUGUUAUUGCAGCUGUGAAAGCUUCAAUAGGUCAGGAGGCCACAGAAUUGUUUCUCACAUUUGAUAUUGACAAAGAUCAAAAGUUAUCUCUUGAAGAAUAUGAAGCUCUGUAUCAUAGACUGGCAGGCAGUGGAUUCAAUGUGACAGCCCCACCUGAGUUUAAACAGACAAUUGAGGAUGACGAUGAGGUGAUUACGGUCAAGUCGCACUUCAAACCUCUGUUAAUGGAGACUAUGACCAAGGAUCUGGAAGAGACGUAUGUUGGUGGUGGACUUGAUCCACUGGCUGGACUGAAGGGAUGGACAAAGCCAAACAUUGAGUGGACAAACCUAGGGGUGAAACACUUCAAAUCGUUCUUCCCUAAAAAAGAGAUACAGAUGUCCAGUUUGGGAGAAGUUUAUUUUAUCUACCAGAAUAGUCCAGGUGUACACGGAACAAACCACAUGUCCAGUAACCGGUACUAUCCCCCACAACUCGAGGAGAGUCUUGUUGUUAUUCAUCGCAUGCUCAAUAUGUUCCACGCUCGUCCAUUUCUCCGCAAUCGAUUCCCUCCACAGGGAGCAGUAGCCUGCGUCCGUGCUUUCAAUGAUGAAUAUGUUGACAUAGCUUUCAGAAUUCACGGAGAGUUCCAGCUAAAUGAACCACCUUUCUACCCGUUUUGGUACACGCCGGGACAGUUUACCGGGAACCUGGUCAUAUCGCGGGACCGCAAAAAGAUCCUACACUUCAACAUGUAUGUCCCCACGGAGAACAAGCUGAAUAUUGAUAUGGAAUGGCUGAAUGGUCCUUUAGAAGGUGAAAAUAUGGAGGUGGACAUAGGCUUCCAGCCUCAGAUGGAGAUUACCAUCACGGCUCCUUCUGUACCCCUCGGACCUGAUAACCUGGCAUACCAGAAGGAUCUGGAGAUCGCUGUAGACCCCAAUUUGGAAGACAAGGUGAAGGCCAUCAAGUGGACAGGUGAAAUUACGAUGACAGAGGCCAGGAAAAAGAUGGAGAUCAAGAUGUAUCCCUUCAAACAGGUGGAGUACUUCAACUUCACUCAAUCGUUUGAGAGAGCAAAGGAGGAAAAGAAGCUAGUGCAUUCCAUAGUACUUUGGGGUGCACUGGACGAUCAAAGUUGCUGAGGUUCCGGGCGGACUCUCAGGGAAACCUCCCUGGAAAGUCCGCCCGUUGUUUCUCUCCUUCAGGAGAACUUCAUUAGCAGUUGGUUCCUCAUCGCUGAUUUGAAGGAUCUUGAAAAAGAUACUCAUCAGCCCGAUGCGAGUAAGACUGCCAAACAUUUUCUGUCAAACUACAAGUUUCCUGUAAUGAUGAUUGUGUCUCUCCCUAAUGGCACAAUCAUCCACAAGGUCAACGCUAACGAGUUCAUGGAGGAAGACGCACCCAUGACCUCCAUUAUAGAGUAUGCGGAUAAAAGUGGUGAAAUUGAAACAGCACCAUAUGGGAAAAUAUUUGGAACACGACGUAUUGGAGCAAAUACUGAUAAAGAUGAUGGAAAGAAAGAAAAAGCUCAAGAAGAAGAAAAAUCCUCAGAGGAAGGGUUCCAAGAUGGUUAUACUACACAAUACAUGAAGUUUUUGAAAGAAGGCAUGCGUCGGGCAGAACCCUACCUCGCACAGCUGUCAUAGAAAUCCUGAAGAGUUGAAGGAUUGAAUACAUGUACAUACAGACUUGUUAUGGAGGAUCCAACAUGGGUCUGAGAUCGUCAUUAUUCAUAUCAUUGAUUGCAUAUCUCAAAACCAUGACAUAAAAAUGUAUGAGAGACAUUCAGCUUAAGUAUCACCUAUUUUUUUAUGUUGAGUGUUUCAUUUUAUGAUUGAAAUGAAUGUUGGAUUUUUUUUAUUGUGUGUGAAAGCUUACGUUUAACAAUGUGAUGUUGGACUUUUUAAAAUCUGAUUUAUUUCUCAUACUCUUUACCUGAGUUAAAAAUUAAAUCCAAGAUGAAAUCACAGGUAACUGAGACUAAAAACUGUGAAUUACAAAAUUAUUCCUGACACGACACUGAAGUCUAAAGAAAUAUAAGAUUAUUUGUUAACUAUAACUCUCAAAAACAAAAAUAACUUUCAAAGUCAUGCAUGAACUGAGGGUAUAAAACCUAGUUUGUUCGGAAAAUAACUUUUUUGAAUUAUUUAUGAUUUAUUUUUUAUUUAUUUAAUAGGAAACUAAAGAGUUCAUAUACAUAUGUUAGUUACUGGGGUUUGAUGCGUUUGUUUGUUGAGGUUUCAAAUUUAGUCUUCUGUUUCAUAUUUACAUAUAUGUAAAGGGAGGUUACUAUUUAGAAUAUAUUAUAUUUUUAAUUCAUUUUAAAUCCUAACCUUAUUAACUGAAAUCCAUUGACAAAAUCCGUGUAUUAUCACCAAAACAUGAAUCCAGACUAUAAAUGUGUGUAUAACUUUCAGCAAUAAUGAUUCUCAGGAAUGAUACUGUAGAACGUUGUUUAAUAUUUAUCAGUGGACAGUGUAACACAUACUGGUACAUUGAUCAAAGUACCUUUGAUAUCCAUAUACUUGUACAGAUAAGUAAGCAUUGAAGAAUUUUUUU